UUGACAGCUGUGAGCGUCUCUUGCAUCGCGGUCGCGCACCUGUCGACGAUCAUUCCACUCCCACAACGCUAAGGAGGAAGACGCUUCCAGAACGUGCUUUUUUGCAGCACAUCGCUUUCCUCAUGAACUCAGAGUGACGCCUCGGUAAAUCCUCCCUUUCCUGCAUAUCUAUGAAGAUCUCCCAUCCAUCAUUUCUCCUACUGCAGAGUUUUCGGAUGCACACAAAGGCUGAGUGAAGAGUGGGAUAGACUCAAGCAGUGCGCCAUCAUGUCGCAAGAUUUUUCACGUAGUGUGCUACGGAAAAUAAUUUAUCCCUCGUCUAGACAGAAACGCUGCACCAUUUUCUUUGUCUGUUUCAUCUUCCUUAUCUUUAUGUUGCAGAUGAUGUCUGGCGUGGACAACCAGUUACUGCUGUCCUUGAACGAAACCUCCAACAAAUCGUCAGGACUCGGGGAGCUGCUUUACCUGAGAGCCAGGCUGGACAACAGCACGGGGGAACAACUGCAUGACGUGGUGGCUCAAGUUUACAACCUCCCGCUAUCCUAUGGCAUUGAGAAACGUCCGUAUCUGCCCAGUAAAUGUGGCAAAUAUCCUGCCCUCGUUGACUUAUCUUUCAAUAACUUCUACUGGCAAGUCUUACGCUCUAGCGAUGGAACGUUUUACUUAUACAGUGCCUUCUUCGAUAACCGCACCCUCACUGAGCCAGGACCGUCUGUACGCAUUCUUGGCAUGGCAGACCGAAUCAAACCUGCCGUCAAGACUCACUGCCAACUGUGGUAUGAAGGCCAGGGUACUCCUGUAGUGGCUAAAGUGGUCGAAUACCGGUAUAUUUGGGUCCAUGACUGGGGCAACUAUAGGAACGGCAUCCUGCAACCAUACUUGUUGCAGUGCGUCAUUCCUGAAUCACACAGGCACCGAGUUCCGCAGUCGGUCUCACUAGUGGAAGGAAGCUGCGACCGAGCCACCAACAACCUGCGAGUGGUUCACAAUCUUCCACCAGAUGGAAAGAAAAAAAAUUUUGCCGUAUGUGUAAAGGGAAUAGCUUUUUCCGAUGACUUGAGUGUCAAAUUAGUGGAGUGGUUGGAGCUUCAUUUCCUGUUAGGGGUAGACAAGGUCUUUCUCUACAACUUGCAAAUCCAUCCAAAUGUUACCAAAGUUUUAAAAUUUUACGAAUCUCAAGGUAAAGUUGAUCUGAAGGGUUUGACGCUUCCAGGUGAGCAACCCAACUUUCGUGGGCUCCUCAAGAAGUAUAUUGAUAAGAAAAUUACACACAAGCGGCAAAAUGAAGUGAUUCCGUACAAUGACUGUUUGUAUAGAAAUAUGAACAUUUAUAAGUUCAUCACACUGACUGAUACAGAUGAAGUCAUCAUGCCCAGAACAGUCCCAAACUGGAAGGAGCUGCUGGAAGAAGUGGCGCCGCAGGCCAUGUCGGGAGAAAAUCAUCCUUACGCCUCUUACUACGCACGUAAUGUGUAUUUUUUGGAUCCAAUGCAAAAAAAGCAUGGGUGGGCGAUGGACGUACCUCGUUUCAUGCACAUGUUACAACACCUGUACCGCUCUGCCAAGUACACAGGACCAACAAGUUACAUCAAAGCUUUUCAUGAUCCUCAGGUGGUACUGACGCUGCACAACCACUUCCCUUUUUCCUGCUUAACAUCCAAGUGUCCCCACUACCGCAUACCAAUAGAGGUGGCUCACCUUCAACAUUAUCGUGUUUCGUGCGUGGCGGAGCUUAGGAAGAUGUGUCACAAGUUCGAGAACGACACCGUCCUGGGCGAUGAUAUCCUUAGAUAUAAGGAGCCUCUGCUGCACGGAACCCUCAGCACCCUACAACACCUCGGAUUCCUGCAGGGAAGAUGGCGCAUAACUCAAACAAAGGGACAUGGGCCCCCAUAGAUCCUAUAAAGCGCU